AUGGUUGCCAAGCAUCGAAGAUUGAACCUCCUCGUUGUAAACGUUCCUGGCAGGCAAGCGUUUCGUGAGUCAGAUUACUUGACGCCCGGUGAUCGCCUGACCACCUUCGACACUCCCUUCUGCAAAGUGGCGGUGGGACUUUCCCAAGAGGUGAGGUUCGCCCCUCUAGCGCACCUCUACGCGGACCUUGGUUGCAAGCUCUUGGUAUUUCCUGGUUCCUUCAACACGGCUUUGAGUCCUCUUCACUGGGAUUUGCUUCCAAGAGCGCGCGCUAUAGACAACCAGAUAGACGUGGCAUCGGUGUCAGCUCCGAGGACCCAAGACGCGACUUAUAGUCCUUGCGGACACAGCAUGCUGAUCGAUCCGCGGGGAGAUGUGGUGCAGUCGGCGGGACAUGAUGAAGCAGGGGUAAUGGCGGAAGUUGACUUGGACCAUCUGUCUUCGUUGAAAAAGGAGACGCCCAUAAGGAAGCACCACAGACACGACCUGUACACCGUUGUGAACCAUGAACGCAACGAGGACGACAGAGAGUUUUUCAAGAACGUGUUCUUCCUUUAG